CCCUUGAAAAUACCGUCGUCAUGGCAACAAGGCGCCUACACACGGACAUGGCGUCUGCUAGUCACUGAGUAAUGGUGCACUUCUUGCCGAUUACCUGUACUACCAUUGAUCAAGAAUAUACAUAAAGCAGCGUUACAGUCCUGAAAAUGCCCGUUAAAAAGAAAAGUAAGAGUACAGGUAAGAAGAAGGCAAAGAAAAGCAAGAAAAAGUCUACGGAGAAACCAGGAGAUCCUUUCGUAGAAAAAGAAGUGCUGUCACCACCGAAACCAAGAGAACGGUUAAUCACGCUGUUGACAACACGACCAGCCGAUGUGCGUGACGUCCAUGGGGUCAAGGUUUCAACACGCAUCCUAGAACAGCUGACACCUCAUGAAGUGCGGGACCUCCGCACAGUAUUUGAAAUUUUCGACACAAACACAGAUGGCUUGCUUUGUGGCUCAGAACUGCGAAAAGCAAUGAGGACACUGGGCUUUAAAUUGACCAAAGAUGACAUACAAGAAAUUGUUUCACAUAUUGGGAAUAAUCAAAAUGGAUUUAUUAGUUUUAAUGAUUUUUUGGAGACAGUCAUAGACAGACAAGGAGAUUCAAGAGAUGUAUAUGAUGAAAUUCUUCAUGGAUUUAAAAUGUUUGAUUAUGAGAAAACAGGAAUGAUCUCUCUGAAUAAUCUGCAGCGAGCAUGUCAAGAAGCAGGGAUAAAGUUCACACAGAAGGAGUUGGAAGAAAUGGUGGAAGAGGCAGAUUUAAAUGGUGAUGGCUUUAUUGAUCAGUCAGAGUUUAUCCGCAUCAUGCUGCAGACAAACCUGUUUUAAUCAACCUUCUGAUUUUGAGCUGAUUCAGAUAACAUGAUUGAACGUCUGUGCAAUACAAAGACAGGCCCGAGUUCUUUAGAUUGCUUUAAGCAAAUGCAUUGCACAAUCCACCUGUUUUUGUUUUUGUUUUGGGUUUUUUUUGUGCUGGGGAAGGGAUUAAUGGUAAUGUGGAUGCCAGUUUAAUAUUACAAUAAUUUUACUUAAUUUUAGAUCAGCUGUGGCUAUUUUUAUUUCUGAAAACUACUCCACAGAAUUUGAACUUUUUUGUAUUUACUUACAAGCAUGCAAGGCCAUGCAGAAAUGUAUGUGUACAUACACACAGACACAAAAUUGGCCAUGGAAGAUCAAAGUUACUAUUAGGAUGUUUGGCUCGAGUUAAAUCUAUGCUUUCUGGCUUUUGUAUUACUGAGGAGGCAACUGUCUAUUUUGUCAUGUGGCAAUAAAGCCCAUUCAAUCUGAUACUCAUUGAGCACAUUUUAUAUAUGGAGACGGGAUAUGACCUCUUCAGAACCAGUUUAAAGUGCAAUUACUUUUCUGUUGCAUUUCUUCAUAUUAUGAUAAUAGUAAUCUUUUAUGCUGGUAUGUGUCAGUGUGUAUAUAUUAUAAUUUAAGCAAGUGUACAUAGCAAGUUGGAUGAUGUAGGAAGUAUAAAAAAAGAUAGUACAUUGUAGAGGAGCAUUGAAAGAGUGGGGGGAUCAUAUCUUCCAUUUAACUCUUUUUGCACAGUGCUUGCUGCAUGAUACUAAGUACUUUCACAUCAACAGUUAGAAAAAAAUCACAUAAUCACCAUAGUUAACAGCAAGAGCCAGUCUGUUAAAUGCUGAUACUUUUGAUUUCUCAUUUUUUGCAUCAUUAUACAAGCAACUUAUACAGGAAAUGAGAAGGUAGACAAAAUCAAUUUCUUAGGGUCAUGAGGAUGAAAGACAGGAUAUGUUUUAUGAGAUCAAAACUGCAGUUAUAACUUUUCCAAAUGACAGCAUAUUUAGUGGGCAAGCGAGUUACUACCAUGAUUAAUCAGGAUGAUGUGCCUAUGACAAGGUUAAGCCAUUGCAGUUAGGUGUCCUUAAGAGGCAAAAAAAUUUCUGAGAUUACAUAUCACUUGUAAUAAAUACAUGCAUUACUUUUCUUUAAUCUCAAAACAUACAUAAAAAAUGUAUUUUUAUUGUCACAGAUUUUUAUUGCAUUAUAGCUUUUCAUCUUUUUGUAGAUACUGUGCAUUAAACAUGCAUUCUCAGCAUUGUGAUUUGGAGUAACUUAUAAGAGAACAAACUGUACCUUUUUACUGAAAAGAAUCUUCUGUGAAUAAAUUGGAUUAUUAUCAGCA